AUGAUAUAUGUCAAGAUAAAAAUCAAAAUGCACUUAGUAGUUCACACAUCACACAAAACCAAUAGUUAAAUUAAAGUAAAGAAUUCGAUUUUGGUUUUUACAACAACCAGAAGGCAUACCACCUAUAUAGUGUUUUCUACGUCAUGUUGAAAAACGUUCUCAGGGUGAAACUAUCAAAUAAUUUUAAACGAUUCAAAAUAAAUCCCAACAAGACGGUUGAUAUCGAGUCAAGUACUUGUUACUUUUUGGACGUGCCAGAAAUCCCGUCUGACUCCUUCCGAUCCGCUACGCAUUUCCCGACGAUACUUGGCCGGUAUCUAUGUUUGAUACCGAUAUCGCACGAUCGUUUCCGGAUAUUCAGUAUAAGGACUGUGCUUUCAGUAAUCGCUCUUGUUUGUCAAAUUAUCAUGACGUUUUUGAGUUUUUGCUGGCUGAAGGAGACCGGCGCUAACAUAUUCAAAGGAGGUGUAGUUUUGUUUUUUGGUGGAUCAGCCGUCACUAUGGCGUUGCUCAUUAACUUGUCAAGUAAUUGGUGUAAUCUCUUAAACAAAUGGGAACAGGUUGAGGGAUACUUCGGGCACCAGAAGAAUUUGAAGUUGAAAUUCACUUUUAUAUCCAUUUUGUGUAUUAUUUUUUCAAUGGUGGAGCAUCUGAGCUACUUGUUGACAGGUAUCAUAACGACGGAACGGGAAAAUUCACACGAAGUGUUUGAGAUUUACGUCUUGAAAAUGUUUCCACAAGUAUUUACUGUUAUUACAUACAACACGUGGCUAGCAGUGCUGGUUUUGAUCGUCAAUUCCGUAUCGACUCUCACCCUUUGUUUUUCAGACCAAAUCAUCAUCAUGGGUAGUUUAGCACUAGGAAAUUACUUUGAGAUAUUCAACGAACGCAUGAAAACACACAAAGGAAAGAACUUGACACCGGAUCAAUGGAAAACAUUGCGAGUGGACUAUACGCGACUGUGCAAUUUGGCGAGACUGUUGAACGACUGCGUGUGUCAUUUGUUGUGCGUAUCUUUGCUGAUACACGUGUACAUCAUAUGCGUGGAAAUGCACCAGGGCGUCGUGCGAACAAAUGAACAUUUUAGUCUAAGUCACUACGUUCAUGCCAUACUUUCGUUUAUGGUUUCUUCAUUGAGAGGAUGUUUAUUAUGUCUGUGCUCCGUUAAAAUAUACGAAAAUAGCAAAUUACCGAAAAGAUCGCUUUAUGAAAUACCACAACAAUCAUUUUGUAACGAGGUGGAUUUUUUUUUGUUACAAAUUCAAAAAGAUCAUAUUGGACUAACCGGGAGCCACAUGUUUUUAAUGACCAGAAGGUUCUUAUUAACUAUGUUUGGCACGAUUGUUUCUUAUGAAAUAUUACUUGUACAAAUGAAAGGAUACAGUUCUCGAAAAAAUCCUUAAAUAUUCAAAGUCACGCGUAAAGCCCAGCCCCAAUCAGUUUUGGUUUUCGAUUUAUCAUCUAGCUUAAUUAACAAACCGCCUUCUGCCUUUUGACUCCACUGUAACAAUUCAAAAUCCAUCAGUGAACGCGAAAAACAAGCCAUAAUACAAUUUAGUGUAAGAAUGAAAAAUGCUACUUAGGUACCUAUUUAAUAUCUAUUAUAUUACCUUGAGUUUACUUUGUGUGUCCAGCAUAACAAUAGACUCGAUAUUUAAUUUGUCCAGACACGCAGAGUUGAGUAAAUUACUAUCGGGCCAUUGCAAAACUAUCGAAUAAAUUGUCGAAGUAUUUUUUCCACGUGUAUACCUUAAAACCAAAUAUAAUAAAUGCAUGAACAUUUCAA